CAUUACUAAACUACAACUCACAAACCAAUAUUUUUCAAUUCUCUCUCAAAUAACAUCACCGGAAAACCAAGAAACUCGCCGGAGAUCCACUAGUUCCGUUGAUUUAACCACAUACACAUUGACACUUCUUUUUUUAGUUUGAACUCUUAAAAUGGAUCAAAAGAAAAGCACUUUGAAUCUUUUUGAGGAUAUUGAUUUUACAACCGAGCUCCGAUUAGGCUUGCCCGGAACCGACGACCAACCCGAUAUAAAGACGAGUCUUUCCGGUACCAAAAGAAGCUCAUCGGAAAUCGGAUCAAGUAUUUCCACAGAUGAAAAUGAAUCCACAUUUUCACCACCCUCCAAGGAACAAGUUGUGGGGUGGCCACCGGUGAGAUCAUACCGAAAAAACGUACUUCAAGGGAAGAAAAUGGAUAUGGGUUUAGGAAUAUAUGUGAAAGUUAGCAUGGAUGGGGCUCCAUAUUUGAGGAAAAUGGACCUCAAAAUGUACAAAAGUUAUGAAGAACUAAUGAAUGGUUUGCAAGAAAUGUUUAAAUGCAAAAUAGGAUUGUACUCAGAAAGAGAAGGAUACAAUGGCUCACAACAUGCACCAACCUAUGAAGAUAAAGAUGGAGAUUGGAUGCUUGUUGGAGAUGUACCAUGGGACAUGUUUAUUAACUCUUGCAAAAGACUAAGGAUUAUGAAGAGUUGUGAAGCUAGAGGGCUUGGUGCAUGAUUAUUAAUUGUUUAUAUAUAUAAAUCAUGAAUUAACCAAACAUUUAUAUAUAUGGUUAAUUCUUUACAAAUAUAUACAUAUAUAUAAGAAAGAGGGUUUUUCGAUCGGUCUCUGAAGAAAAACUUGAGAAACCAGAUCGAUCUUUCAAGGUUUUGGAAUUUUUACUAAAGAAAAAACUAUACAUAUUAAUUUGUUUGUGUUCUGAUCCUUGUAACAAUGAUCAUGUAACAAUUUUUUUUUAUACCCUAUUGUUUUUUUGAUGUUUAAUGAAAGUAAAUAUUUAUACA